UUUCCAGGGCCACUGUUGUUGCGAAGGCUUCGUCUUCGUCCCUCAGUCUUAUUCUUCUUUGAGCUGUGGCUUGUACCGACAAUCGUCAGCACGUCUCUUUUGCGGCUGUUGUUUCGUUUCGCCACAGCUUUAGGUGACGGUCCUGCGGGUUUAGUUUUUGAGGAAACACGGCUGCGUUAGUUCAGCUCGUUUCUCUGCGUUUGUUUCGAAUUUGAAGCGUUUUCUAGGAAGGUUGCGGAUCGAAUGGAUUUUUGAACGGCUUGUCGAUCUGGUAUUGACGGAGUGAAAUAUGUUAGCUAGUUGGACCGAGAGCCGGGUUCCGAGACUAGUGAACCGAGAGCGGUGAUAGUUGUUGAAAUGAGAGCAGCACAGUCAUUUAUUUCAGAAGUGGUGCUUUGUCUUCAGCAAGAGAGUCGACCUAAGUGUAUCGACUACUCUGUUGCUAUGGACGUGUUUCUGUGGUGAUAACUGUGCUCCGAGUGAUUUUUUCAAGAUAUUUCGAGUUUGAUGAUGAUUGUCGGAUUUUGCUCUUUAUUUUAUUUUAUUUUUACUUUUAUUUUUAUGAUCCUAAUUUUUAGAUGCCAGUAAUGUCUGCAUCGCUCAUUGGCUAGAAAAGCUGGUUAUUAUUAUUGCACGAUAGGCACAAAGUUAGACCCUUAGGGUUCGAUAAACUAGCUCUACAAUUUUUUUCCUUAGAAUUGGUUAGCGACUACUUAUAGAAUAAUGGAUGACGAGAUGGACAGCAAUCUGGAGAUGAAAUGUUCUGUUGAUGAAGCUUGGUACGAUGGAACGUUGUCUAGAGUGAAAGGCCAGAUCAUUGUACACUUCAAAGAUUUUGACGAGGAUGAGGAAAGUUUAGAGAUGUCAGUGUUGACGGACCCUGCCAAAUUACGGUCACGGGUUAGAGUGAGGUCAACUCAAUUGCAAGAUUCUGAAUGCAAGAAGGUGCGUACAAAUCAGAGGAUAUGUGGAUGCCUCGACGAUGGCGAAAACCGCAGAUAUUACGAUGCCGAGGUUGUUUCGAUUGUUCCUCGAGAUCACAUCCAUAAGGCGGAUGGUGAAGAGUGUUGUUGCGAAUUCGAAGUUCUCUGGCUUGCUGGACCGAAGAAGAACGAGCGAACCAGUGUUGGAUGUGCUGAGAUAUGCUUCUUAUCAGAAGAAAUUCCUGAAGACGACCCAAUGAUAAAAAAUUUGAUUGAGGACUUCGCUGGCAAUAGAGAAAAGCGGCGGAGACUGGUAACAAAACAUACAGUAAGUCGACCUAGGACUUCAUUACCGAGUCCGGAGCCGAUUCCCUUAAAGAAACUCUCUAAGCGAACUUCUCCCCAUCAAUCAGAGUCUAGAACAGCGUCCAUGCCUGGUGAAGAGACAAGGGAAAAUAUGAAAACGGUAGGGGAACAGACAAACCUUGACCUAUCUAGUGAUAGUGAUACAUUGAACGAUUUGAAUCCUGGUAUUAGGCAAACUAGUUCCCCAAAAGGUGGUCAAAACAACGAACAAAAUGAAGCAAGCAGGUUAGGUAAUGGUGGCGAUGUUGUAGAACCGAAGUUACCCGGUGGAAGUGUGGGAAAGAAAGUAAAGCAGCUGAAAGCGUCUCGUAGAGUAAUUGUAAUAAGCCCAGAAGAUAUCCAUCAUGACAAGGGCGUGAGAAAGACCAUAAGAGCGGAGACACCACAAUCCUCGAAAGGGCAGGUUAAAUCCAACUCAACGAAGUCAGCAACCCCCAAAGACGUUGCCGUUGUCGGGAGUCACAAGAAGAAGUUGAUGACACUGGGAGAGAAAUUCAUUAAACAAGCCGAGCUGACACUUGUCGAGCAACCCUCUCGCUUAAACUCAAAGGACGAUGCAGCAGCGGAACGAAGCAACAUAGUGCCGGAGCCAGUCGAGCAGCCCAAACGGAAGAGGGGUAGGCCAAGGAAGAAUCCUUUACCAGAAGAUAAAAUUGUUGAAAAGAGCUCGUACAAAACUGCAGAGAAGAGCUCGUACAAAACUGUAGAGAAGAGCUCCCCCAAAACUAUAGAGAAUAGCUCUGUCAAAACUGCAGAAAAGGGCUCCCCCCAAACCGCAGACAAGAGCUCCGCCAAAUCUGCAGAGAGAAGUUCUGUCAAAACUUUAGAGAAUAGCUCUGUCAAAACUGUAGAGAAGAGCUCCGCCAAAACUGUAGAGGAAAGCGCCCCCAAAACUGUAGAAAACAGCUCCGCCAAAACUGUAAAUGGCAGCUCUGUGGCAAAGAAGCAGCUAGUUGCAGGAGUUUGUAAUGUAGAUAAACACGGUUCAGUAGAAGAUGCAAUGGAGGAAAACGUGGACGAGGAGCACUUUGUUCCUCCUUUCAAGAAGCGACUAUUGACAAGAAUGCACGCUGUUGAUAACACCAGUUCUGAUGCAACCCCAGUGAAGUCAUCGAAUACUGGAAAGCAAACCUUAGCGGACAGAGUCUUUUCUGUUCGCAUGAAACACGCUACGAUGCGAAAUAGUACUUCAAAGAAUGCUCCAACACCAACUGCUGUCCAGCCACACUCUACGAAAGAAGCUGCUUGUCAAAAGCAAACCCAAGUGGAGGAACAUAGGGCUACCUCUCCACAAGUGAAUAGUGCACAGAUCGGUGGUCAAGAUGAGACGACGAGUGCCCAGGACAUUGGUGCGAGCAAGAAGAAACGCCGCAGGUGUUCUUUAGUCAUAACCGAUGAUGAGAAGUCUGAGGACAUCUCUGAAAAAUCCUGCAGAGAACAGAACGUCAAGGGCGCAAAUGGGAACCCUGUUGUGGAUAGCUACUCUGCCGGCGGGAACAAACUUGCUCCGUUAGCGGCAACCAGCAGGAGUGUUCCGAAACUCGUGGCAGAUGUUGCGCCUUACAAACAAGAUGCCAUAAAUGCUUCUCGCUUGCUUCUUAUUGAGAAUAUGGAAGAAGAUGUUUCUGCUUACGACGUAAUGCAGUUACUACAGGAGAACACGCCCGGAGUAUGUGCGGUACAUAUAAUGCCUAGAUUAAGAUUUGGAGUGUGGACAAGUGGUUAUAUUCUAUAUCAAGAUCACAGUAGCGCCGAGAAGGCCUUGAAGUGGCUCACUGAUUACAGCGUCCGAUUCGUCAUCUCUUCGAAUGGAAGGCCGUGGAUAGUGUCACCGUCAGAAGAUGUACACGAGCCGCGUUUAUAUGGAUUUGCGGCGCACACUGCUUUUAAGAUACAGGUUGACAACUCUGGUAUAAUCGGUAUUAUAUCCGACCAACCUUCUGCACAUUGUUUAUCCGUCGUGACAAAGACAUCCCACAGCACCGCAUAUUCUCUGGCUUUGAAAAAACAGGAAGAUUAUGAGAAAUACAAUAAGUGGUAUAUGGAGCUUCGUGAAAAAAUUGUCGAGGAUGCAAAGAAGAGCUGAGAACUCUAUUAAAAGCGAGGUACGAAAGAAAUGAUAUGCGUGCAUUCAAUUUCCAGUAGUCAGAUUGGACGGGGCUAUGUGGGAGGCAUGGCGCCUUCUUCUGAAAUUUUAUUCUGAUCUGUUGUAUUCCUCCCAUUAUCUGACUAAAGCUCAGACUGAAAUUACAUCAAUGUCUUCACUAUCAAGAGGAGGGGGAAGCAUUCAACAAUUUUGUUAGACCAAAGUCACCUAAUAUUUGGCGUGACAGACGGUGUUCAUUGUAGGCGAGUCGCAUGAAGAAAACAAACUGAGUUGAGAAUUUCCAGCUGUCACAUGUAAAACUUAUGUCUAAUGCACCCUUGCCCUCCAAACAUAUUUAGAGGCAGACUUUCUUGGUUAAAGAUUUGCUACAAGACAUUUCUUCAUUCUUUUAUUUUUGGAGAAAGACAAAGACUUUCUUAAGAAUCCAACUUAUGGGACACUACUAUGCACCCCAAAAAUUUGAAAGGUUAAAAAUGUGGAUUUCAUAAUGCCAAAGUGUGUUACCAUGCCAAUUGGAUAUAUUUCAAUUUUCUUUCAGCCAGCCCAAUUGCCCCAAUUCAUAAGAGACCUUUAUUUAAAUGGUAAGUUUAACACAACCUAUUUUUGAAAUCAAAUCAAUCAAGAAAGGAUUGAUAAGUGUUAUAAUGACAUUGAAGUAUGAGUGCCCUUUGGUGAGCUUUGAGCACAAAUUGCACUUCACAAUUCAAAGAUUUCUAAGA